CCUGUGUGAUUCCCAUUUCGUUAAUUCAGCAAAACUUGGCAUCAAGUUAAGUGUUCAUCAAAUGGACUUUACUCAGUGAUAGUUGGAGCGGGUUAGUAGUUGUGUUUAUUAUUAAUGGUUUUCUUGAAAAACUCUUGUGAUACAACAUCAUGAAGUCAGGAAUUUUACUGAUGGUCAUGAUAAUGGCGCCGCUUGUUUGCUGCAACUGCCCCGUCGACAGAGUUCACACCUUGGAUCAUUGUGUGUUUUAUCUCCAAUGCUUUCACAAUAUAACUGCAGGAAGUAUAUCCCGGGAAUGUCUAGGCUCAACUAAUUACGAUGUCAUUGUAGAUGUCACUCUUGUCGAUGCUACUGACCAAUUCGAUACAACGUCAGAUCAAGAGUUUUUGUCUUUGAUUACAUCUCUAAAAGUAUCCGGAAAUUGGUCCGAAACAAAACUUACCUUCUUAGAUAACAUGUACAGACUCAAGGCGUUACAUCUCAACAACAAUAACAUCAAAAUGAUUUACGACAGCCCUUUUCGUCAUUUGACUAGAUUGGAGGAUUUAAAUUUGUCAGGAAACCAGCUUUCUCAUAUCGAGGAAUUAUUUCAAUUUGACUCUUACCCAAACAAAUUGAAAAAAUUGUCCCUCUCACAUAAUGCCAUUCAAGAGAUACCCGGUGACACAUUUUUUGAACUCACAAACCUAAAGGAGCUAGACCUCUCCUACAAUUCAAUUACAGAGUUAUACGAAGAACCAUUUUCAAACUUGACUAACCUUGUCAUUUUGAAGCUAAGCCAUAACAACAUAAAGAAUCUGAACGGUGCAAUGAAUAAUCUUUUUAAUUUGAAACACUUGUAUUUGGCACACAAUCAUAUAGAAAACAUAGUAGAGCAAUCAAUAAAGAUUAUCUAUCACCUCGAGACUAUUGACAUAUCUAAAAACCAAUUGGAUAAUUUAAAAACAAACUUAUUUUCAAGACAUUGGAAUCAUUUUGAUGAUCAUUCGAUUUGUAAAAUUAAACUGUCCCAAAACCAUAUAUCGUACGUUCCUAAUGCUACAGUAGUUCCAGAGUUUAAGACACGCCUAAUUAGGAAUUCGCAUAAACAUAAAGUAAUGAAUAUUUUCACAGAACUUGAUUUGUCCCAGAACUCAAUAACUCACGUGGAAUUUAAUGCAUUCCAGUCCAUCAUCCAGUUAAUUUCUUUAGAUAUAUCAUGUAAUAGAUUGAUUAGUUUUACAGUCAACCCCAACGAUUUACGAUACGUGAAGUAUCUUAAUCUAAGUAAAAACUUCCUUCAGACAUUGCAUUACAGUAGUUUUGCUUCUAUGAUCAAUUUGCAGAAUCUUGAUUUAUCUAAUAACAAUAUGGACUUUAUCCCCGAUCAAUCAUUGAUAAACAACCACCAAUUGAAACUUAUAAAUAUGACAUACAACGAAAUUGUAGAAGUUCGGCGCAUGCGUAUAACAUUUAACCGCGAUGGCGGCGUAUUAGACCUUACCAAUAAUGGAAUUUCUGUUUUAAAUCUAUCACCGGGCGAUGCUUACGGACUUACUAUUUUGAUAUUACGUUCAAAUAAUAUAACUGAACCUUAUUCGAUAAAACUUAACCAACAACCGACUCUCGUUCAUCUAGAUAUGAGCUAUAAUUUGAUUGAAGAAUUAGAUGAGGAAUCCUUACAGCUACCUAUUACGUUAGGAAUUUUAGAUUUGAGCUACAACUUGAUACAAAGGAUCGGGCCAUCCUCCUUCCACCGAGUCGGCCAUUUAAAGACACUUCGUCUAUCUCAUAACAAACUUGCUUCUGUGGAGUUCGGUGCUUUCGAAGGGCUGGCUGCACUAGUAAAUCUUGAUCUAUCUUAUAAUAACAUUGGAAGAUUGGAUUCGAAGACACUUAUGGAUUUAAAAAUGUUAAGUGUCUUGUCGUUGCGGAAUAAUGACCUCUUCUAUAUAGAUCACAGCAGUUGGUUCGCUCAUAAGCAAAACUUAAGGAUUUACCUGGAUGGAAACAGCUUCUCUUGUGAUUGGUUGGCUGAAGCUUUGAGUGAUAAUAAUAAUGGCUACUCUAAAAUGCGACCCACCGUUUUGAAGACAACAUUUACUGGACAUUCUAUUGAGGGAAUUCCUUGUAAACAAGAUGUGGGGAAUUUUGUCGAGCCGAGCAAAAAUUACAUGAUAGCUGAUGAGAGGCUUCUAGUGACAAAUCAGAAGAUAUUAGAAGCUGUUCAGGAGCAGACUUCCUUCUUAAAGAAACACAUUUGGCGUUUCAUAUUGCAAGACGCGGAGAGAAACGCAAAAUCAACUAAGUAAUCUUUAUAACAAAAUUAUAUAAAAUUUAUAACUAAGGGGUAAAUAACACUGGUGUUAUCAUUUAUGAUACUCGUAUAAUAAUAAAUGAUACUAAUUA